AUUUGAAUGUGGAACAGGACAGAGGCUGGUUGGGUUGUUGGCUUAGAAAGCAGUUACAGAUGACGCGGUUAUUGCAAGAACUCCUAAAAAAUAUUAGAAGUUAUGAUAACACGAAAAAAAGAAGAAUAGUUAGAUGGAUGCAGAAAUGGGGUAUCCUGAAAAGUAGGAUGCAGUGUCCAAAAUGCAAUCGAAGCAUGCGCCUGGAAAAAUGCGAUCGCAGCGAUGGGUUACGAUGGGUCUGUAAGCAUCACAAAAGUUCACCACUCUCUGUGCGCAAUGGCUCAAUAUUCACCAAUUCUCACACCCCUUUGGUGAAAUGGCUUGAGUUUAUGUACAGGUUUGCACAAGGUUUGCAGUUGAAGCAGCUUGCCAUGAUCAAUGACGGUAUAGCAGGAAGCUCAAAGACACUGACAAGAAUGACAAAAGUACUCAGAAAGGUGUGCAUUGCUGCCCUCAAGAGACUGAGGAUCAGAGGAAUGAGAAUUGGUGGUCAACAUCGAUUUGUUGUUAUUGACGAGAGCAAAUUUGCUCACAAACGAAAGUACCAUCGUGGCCGAUGUGGCAACACUUGGCGGCGUAAACGCCAGUGGGUCUUCGGGAUGCUAGAGGUUGAUGGCCUUUCCAGAAGACCCAUUCUGAGACUCACCAAGGACCGCUCAAGGUACAUAGAUCUGCAUAUCAUCAGCGUAGCAGUGAAAUGA